CGACGUAGUAACGCGCUGAAGGCGGCGGUGGUGCUGUGGGGGGAGGCCGGCCUGGCCGGAAUUCGAUCGCCCGGGUUCAGCUCCGCCCCUGGCUAAUCGGGAGCCGGCAAGGGGCAGGCGCUAUGAAUGCAGGUAGUCUGACUGCGUUGGUGCGGAGCCUGUAUACUCUACAGGAGGAACGUGUUGAAGCUUAUAGGCUGUUUGAUUUAGGACACCAGGCUUAUCUCCGCUCAGCUCCUAAUUAUGACUUCAUCAGAUACCGGCAACUUGUGCAUGAAAUCACACAGGCCUUUAACCGCAUCUCAAAGGAAGUGAUUCAGCUCAGGGACCGAUUUCAGGAGGAUUUCGACCGUCCAGACCUCUCAAAACACAUUGAAAGAAUUCAGGAACGGGAGCAGGAGAAAUUGGUGCUGACGGCUCAACUACAACUUGCCAAACAGAAUGCAUUGGACCAUCCAGGGAAUGAAACAUACGAGGAAGAAGCUCGGGAACUGAAGCACAGGAUUAAUAAAACAAUUGAGGCAAUCAACGAGAUUCUUCAGGACUUCAAAUACGAUUCUGAAGAGAUUGAAUCCAGUGGAUAGUCCAGUGAGGAAGAUCUGUCAGAGACACUGGAUUAGUGCAUAAAGUCAUUCCUUGGAGUCACCUCUUCCUGCCUGCAGUGUCCAGGAUAGCUUCCUACUCUGCCUGAGGAUGGAACUUCUGUUGUCUUGCAUCUCUUCAAUACUUGUCAAGACCUCUGUAUUGCCACAGGUUGGCCCAAGCAAGUUCAUUCUCAGAGAAAGUGCAGGAUAUACAGGGGAUCAAUUUGAGCAAAAGGUGUCUAAAAUAACAAACUUUUUCUGAUGAGAAUGCAACAAUUGAGUUGGAAAUGACUUAAUUUUCACUGUUUUCACUGAGCUAGCUGUCUGAUAAUCUGUAUGUAACAUUCAUCCACCGGGCUCGUCUUUUUGAGGAUUAAAUAGUCCACCCAUUUGAUGAGUGUUCUAAUCUGUGAUACUGCACCAUUUGUAUAUACGAGACAGGUAUCUACGUAGUUGCAUUUGGCACGCCCUGUGAAGUGCCCCCUUGUUGUUAAUGUGAUAGGCCCUGCCUUACUGCUGUACUGGAAGUGUUGGUGUGAAUUAUCUACCCAAGUCAACGGAAUCGGUCUUCAUUGCGGGCAAUUUAACAAAAACAUUAUCACUCUUUUUGAACUCUGAUUACAUUGGGAAGUCUACAUUUCUCAAGACCAAUGAAGGAAAUGCUUCACUCAAUUACCUCUUUCAAAUCUUUAUUUCAUUUACUAGAACUACCA